AGUAACACUGUGCUUGAGAUUGUUGGAUUGGACAAUUUAUUAACAGUCUCUGUCCGAGUCCAAAAUAUGUGGAUUUCACAGGGUUCCGAUUGUCAAAAACGACCCGCUUCUCAAAUCAGUAUUUGAUUCGGGGAUAGAUCUAGGGUUUAAAGCCAAUGCUGAAUAGGAGACCAAAGCUGGUGCCUUACGCGGCGACUCCCUUCGGGAUUCUGUCCCAUCCUUCAUCUACUGCCCGUGCCCGUGCCUCUUCCUCCUCCUGCCGCUCCAAACUCUUCAUUGGCGGUCUUUCUUACGAUACAAAUGAGACUGCUCUCAAGGAUGCUUUCUCUCAGCAUGGCCAUAUUAUUCAAGUGAAGGUAAUAUGCCACCCAGUGACAGGGAAAUCCAAAGGGUAUGGCUUUGUCAAGUUUGCCUCAGAAGAUGAAGCUGCUGCAGCAUUGCACAAGAUGGGGGGUGAGGUGAUUGAUGGAAGGAACAUAAGGGUACACUAUGCAAACAGCGGAUGAUCUGGUGCCACUUCUUCUUGGAGGAGUAAGUGUCUUGUCUUGUGUCGGGGUGCAUGGAGAGCUCAACUAAGGCAUGUAUUUGUAGAUAUGUAGUCUUUCGUUUUCAUGGCUAGCAAUAUGCACCUCUGCAUAUGUGGGUUUCAAUCUUGUCCCAUCUCCCCAAUACACAAGUCAUUUGAUAUAUCAUCUAAACAUUUAUUCUGUAUUCUGCUGAAUUUAGACAACUGGAAUAUAUCAAAGCAAGCUUAAUUUCCCCCAGAGUAA